AUGAUAGAAAGUUCCAGAGAAGGGUGGAAGGUACCACACGGAACUAUGGUAGAAGCGACUAAGUACGGAAGUAGCUACAACCACCGAGUUAAGGAGAGCUACCACCGAGCAGUUCGACGUACUACGGCGAGGUUAGCCGCAGUUAUUCGACGAUCACCUUAUCACUUACCGCUCGACCUAUUACUACGGCAUAUUAGCCGAGGUUUGUCGACCUAUCAAGGAUCGCUCUUACCGACGACCCGUACAAACCUCGGAGCAGUUCAAGAUUGUAUGCAACCGGAAAGAAGAGUUACAAGAAGUAUGAGUAGACCAGGAGAAACGGUAGAAGAGACGGAGAGGAGGAUGUUGGAGGAAUUAAGACAAAACUUGGGGCCAUUGCCUGGUGCAAUUGAUACCCCCGAAGGAUCAACCCAAGGAGAUGAUUUUUAUCCACCCCUACCUCUUGAACCACCCCCCCUGCCAACCGGAUUAUCAGAACCACCGACUGUAGGGACAGGUUCAGAAGGGUCGGGACAAACACCGCGACCAAGGGAGAAGAACACGGAAGGUGGACUAAGUUCGGCGGGGAGCGAAGGAGUAGGGAGAGCGGAGGAAGAGGCCACCACUCAGAAAAUGAUGCUGGCGAUGAUGAACAUGAUGAUGGAGAUGAACAGGGACAUGAUAGCGGAGAGGAGACGUCGGGAGGGACAGGAGAAGAAGAAGGAACAGGAGACGGUUGGAGGAAUAGGGGAGAAGAAAGAGGAAGUAAAUCGGGGAGGGGAACGGAGGAGCGAGGAGAAAUGGCAAUCUACGCCGAAGUUCGAGGGCACGCAAUCGAAGGGCACGAACGGGGGAAGGGCAAUACCAACGGAUGUAGACGAACUAAAUCGUCGUUGGCCGAGACCCAGUGCUGAUGAGGUUUUAAAGCGUCGGGAGGAAGGGAAGUGUACUGGGUGUGGAGAGAGAGGGCAUUACAACCGGGAUUGUCCUGUAAUAGCGGCGAAGGUAAAAGCCGGGAUCAUCCCCUUGAGAUCUUUUGGACAAAAUGCUGGAGGAGAAGGGAGAUUUAGCACGGGGGGAAACGCCGUCCCUCUUGGGGACAGGAAGAAGAUCAAUGCAGUUGGAGGGGAAGAAGCAUGUGUUGGAGAGCGGGGGAUGGACGAGGAGGAAAAAGAUGGGGACCCGUCGCGAUAG